AGCGGCAUAAGUUACUAGUACACCAUCGAGCACACGACCGACACAGUAUAUAGGGACAUACACACACACUCAACAUACGCAAGAGGAUACAUAGACAAAUAGCUAUAUACCUAUAAAUAUACAUAUAAACUAUAAAUAUACAUACAAAAUAAUGAAGGGUCAAACGUUAGCCGAGAGAAUGGCGUCGUUGCUCACCGCCGAGCCAGAAACAGGUAUGGGUGAAGACGAUGACGCCCAGGGGUUAGAUGCUCGUGAUGGAUUUGUAGACUCAGAAGAUAGUGAUAACGAAACGGAAAGGCUGGACAAGGGCAUGCAGGUCGAUGAGAGUAUGACCAAACAACGUAGUUCGCUGAGGAAAUCGGCCGGAUUAGGAAUGGAAUCUAUAUUGAGCGAUCCCAAGUAUGCUGGUAAGAAGACCUCUCGGGCGUCACUGGCGACUGACCAAGGGGUGGAUAGCACGAGCGAAGAGGACAGUGACAGCGACGGAGUGGAUGGAAGUGAAGCGAAGGGGGUUGCUCUAAACAGCAAUGUAAUCGACUCUGAGGAAGUGUCUGGGGACGACUCUCACGAAGGUUCCGAAGACGAGCAAGAUCUGGACGAAGAGGAAGAGAAAUUACGCAAAAGUCUCGAAGCCUUGGAGGCUGAAGAUGAACAGGAAGCGGCUAAAGGGAUCAGCCAUUUCUCUAAGACCGUCACAGAGCGCGACGAUGAAGUGACUAAAGGUGUACACACACGCCAUCUGCUGACACUGUGUGAGAGUGUGGUGGAGACCCGCAUUCGUCUGCAGCAGGCCUUGAACCUCAACAAUCAGUUCCCACAGGCCGAUGUCCUGCCCUUAAUGUUGGAAAGAGGAGGAGCGGACCUGACCAAAUCAUUCGAAGCCGCAAAAAAAAGCACGUGUGGGUUCAUUGACAGUCUGCUGGAGCUACAGAGCGAGUUGUUGCUUCAGGGCGGCAGUGAAAUUCUGAGCAAAAAGAGGAAACGACGACCGUCGCUUUCAGAGGGCGACUCGUCAUCGUACCACAAGUACACCAAAUCCGUGGAACAAGACAUCGCAGCGUACAGGUCACACACACUCCAGGGAUGGCACACCAAGCUGCUGCUAUCGUCCAGUAACGCAUCCAGUAAACAGCUCAAGAGCGUGAAUAGGGACAUACCCACUCAGGUAGAUCAAAUGAUGGCGGACUCGGAUACUCUGGUGAAACGGACCCAAUUGAAACGGUUGGCCUUGCGGCCGAUGGGCAAAGUACCCACAGACACAGAAAGUGCCGAGAAGGGAACGGACGAUCAAAUCGAUAAGGCCGCGCGCGAGGAAAACUACGACCCUGAGGUCUUUGACGACAAUGACUUCUAUCACCAGAUACUGAGAGAGUUCAUCGCUUCUAAGUCACGGUUCAGUGGAGACACGCACGGGCGGCAAGGGAUGCGCAAGCGUAUGCACAUUGCUGCCAGAGAGCAUUACGCGCAUUGA